GUUUCCGGCAGGGGCGGGAACGACAGUCCCAGAGUUCCGCGCGACAGGCGCGGAAGCCGGCGGGGGCGUUCUGGGUCCCGCGUCGGUGCGGGCCCCGGUUCGCGUCGUGAGCAGGCGGGCCGGCUCCCAAGCCUCUGGGAAGAGCGGACUCUGGGCUCCAACUCGGGCGUUUGUUAGUUUUGCGCCCGGGACGGGCACCUCGUGUCGCGGAGAAGAGCCAUGGGAAGUGUCGGAGGCCACACCUGUGACCCGGCACUUCGGUGUGUCUUGCUCCGUGCGGAUCCCCUGCGCGUGUUACUGUCGCUUGGUCCUCUCGGGGACCCGCUGCAGAGAUGAGGAAGGCCAAGCUUAGGUGUGGUGUUCGGAAGGAAGAGGAUGGAGCACAAGGUAGAACAGAGGCAGGGAGGGUGGCAAGGGGCUAUUAGAAUUCGAACCUUACCGCAUGUGCUUCUUCCACCCAAGGAGAAGUGGUCAUUCAGUCUGCUGUGAAUGAAGCUGGGACGAUGCCGGAGCGUGAAGGAGUUUGAGAAGCUUAACCGUAUUGGAGAAGGCACCUAUGGCAUUGUGUUUUCCAUUCCAGAUCGGGCCCGGGACACCCAAACAGAUGAGAUUGUCGCCCUGAAGAAGGUGCGGAUGGAUAAGGAGAAAGAUGGGGUCCCCAUCAGCAGCCUUCGCGAGAUCACACUGCUCCUUCGUCUACGUCACCCGAACAUCGUGGAGCUGAAGGAGGUGGUUGUGGGGAACCACCUGGAGAGCAUCUUCCUGGUGAUGGGCUACUGUGAGCAAGACCUGGCCAGCCUCCUGGAGAACAUGCCGACGCCCUUCUCUGAGGCCCAGGUCAAGUGCAUUGUGCUGCAGGUGCUCAGGGGCCUCCAGUACCUGCAUCAGAACUUCAUCAUCCACAGGGAUCUAAAGGUCUCCAACCUGCUCAUGACUGAUAAAGGCUGCGUGAAGACAGCGGAUUUUGGCCUGGCGCGGGCCUAUGGCAUCCCAGUGAAGCCCAUGACGCCCAAGGUGGUCACUCUCUGGUACCGAGCCCCUGAACUGCUGCUGGGGACUACCACACAGACCACCAGCAUCGACAUGUGGGCCGUGGGCUGCAUCCUGGCCGAGCUGCUGGCCCACAAGCCCCUUCUCCCUGGCACUUCCGAGAUCCACCAGGUGGACCUGAUUGUCCAGCUGCUGGGGACGCCCAGCGAGAACAUCUGGCCUGGCUUCUCCCAGCUGCCGCUGGUCGGCCAGUACAGCCUGAGGAAGCAGCCUUACAACAACCUCAAGCAUAAGUUCCCGUGGCUCUCAGAGGCUGGGUUGCGUCUGCUGAACCUCCUCUUCAUGUAUGACCCCAAGAAAAGGGCGACAGCUGGUGAUUGCCUGGAGAGCUCCUACUUCAAGGAGAAGCCCCUGCCCUGCGAGCCGGAGCUCAUGCCCACCUUCCCCCACCACCGCAACAAGCGUGCUGCCCCCGCCACGUCCUCGGGCACCGAGAGCCAGAGCAGGCGCUGCAAGCCCUGAGCCGGGGUCCCCUCGGGCCCAGCUCGACCCUUGGCUGGGACUGACCAGCUGCUCCAGCUGCCUGCCCCUGCCCACCACUGCCCGGAGCAGCAGGGCGUGGACAUGGGGGUGGAGGCUGCACUGAGUCCACCUGACGCGGUGCCCGCCACUGGCGGAGGAGGUCAGGACUCUAACUUCCUAGGAGAAGACGCAGCCCAGCUCAGCGGGCGUCGCUGGCUUGGGAUGAGCAGAACCCUGUGGUCACUUGUGUCUCCACUUGAUCAGGUUCUGCCUGAGAAGGGAGAGGCUAAGUGACCUGUAGUGGGGCUGGGAAGGAGGGGUAGGGCGUGGGGUGCAGCCAGCCUGGUGGGGAGGAGCCUAGGCUGCUGACACCACCGGAGCGAGAGCCUCGGGCUGGGGCUGCGCUCGGUCCCCACUGUGGAGGCCCCGAUCGGCAGGGGGCACGGUUGGUUCCAGCAGGUGCUCAGGGAGAUAAAUGCUUUCCUUACACACGCAA